UUUUUUUUCUUCGUCAGUCAAGCACAGUUAAUCGAACGAUUGCAUUGUAUUACGAAAGUUACUCCGCUGUUGGUGAUUAAUUUUAUUUCAUUUUAUUUAUUUUUAUCCAGAAAUAACUCUCACACAGACGCGAAAUGCCUUUGCCGAAUAUUUUAGUGACAGGCACUCCGGGUUCCGGCAAAUCACACAUGACAAAAAUUCUCGCGGAAGAAUUCAAUUUGAAGCAUCAGGAUGUCGCCGAUAUCGUCAAGGAACACCAUUUUACCGACGGUUACGACGAAACGCUGGAAUGCCCGAUACUCGAUGAGAAGAAAUUAGUCGAUUUUUUGGACCCGAUUAUGCGAACGGGAGGCAAUCUCGUCGAAUAUCACAACAUUGAGUUCUUCCCGGAACGAUGGUUUUCGCUCGUGCUCGUUGUGCGAUGCGACACAAACAUUUUGUUCAAGCGACUCGAGCACAAAGGCUACAAUUCCAACAAAAUCAAGCAAUAUGUCGAGAUGGAAAUUUUCCAAAUGGCGCUGGAAGAAGCGAAAACUGCCUUUAAACGCGUGCCCGUGCACCAAGUGAGGGGCGAAACGGAAGACGAUGUCGAGAAAUGCGUGGCAAUUGUCAAAGAUUUCCUCAAAAAUUGGUAGAAAUUAAAUGUAAUUUGUAAGCAGCCGAUGACGAUCAAAGUAUUUUUUGAUAGAAACUUAAGUGUUAAGAGAAAAAUAUCUAAUAAAAUAUAUAUUAGAACCGUAAUUGCUCAAUAAAAAAGUUGAUAAAACCAUAAAAGCCGCAAACGAAGAUUA